CUGUUUCUUCCAUCUGCUGCUUCUACUUUAUUGGGGCGAAUUGGUCUGGUUUUUGGUAAGAAACAGCCAUUAUUUCCUCUGUUCUUCCUUGAAUUUAACUGGGUUUACUUUAAUUUCUCUUGGUUUCUCCAAUUUUCGGUAGAUUGCAUGAUUAUUUUCUCCUGCACUUCCCGCCGGUCUUCCCCAACUGCAGCUCCGGUUUUGCUUGCAAAAUUCUGUGUGUGGAGAAUCUCGUUAUGAGUCGAGAAAUAUGUCUGCUAUAAGGAAGAAAGAUGUUCCAAGGAAAUCUUUGUGGUACCUUCCAAUUACCCCAAGAUUACAGCGACUAUACAUGUCUAGGAAAACAACAAAGCACAUGACAUGGCAUUUGAAAUGCCGUGAGGAUGCGGAUGAAGUUAUGCAUCUUGCAGGUAGUGAGGCAUGGAAACACUUUGAUGAAACCUACCCAACAUUUGCUAAUAAACCUAGAAAUGUUAGACUUGGCCUCUAUACAGAUGGUUUCAAUUCAUUUGGUUGCUCUGCAACACCAUACUCUUGUUGGCCUAUUUUUCUUACAGUGUACAACUUUCCUCCUGAAUUGUGUAUGAAGUCAGAGCAUAUAUUUCUUGCCAUGAUAAUUGUUGGACCUAAAAGUCCAGGAAAAAACAUUGAUAUCAUACUUAGGCCAUUAAUUGAUGAACUUAAGGAAUUGUGGACAAAUGGGGUUGAAACUUAUGAUAGUUUCAAACAACAGAAUUUUAUCAUGAAAGCUGCAUUGCUAUGGAUUAUAAAUGAUUUUCCAGGUUAUGGCAUGUUAUCUGGAUGGAGCACAAAUGGGAGAAAAGGAUGGUUUGCUGCAUGUAAGAUUAGAGCAAGAGCAAUAAUUAACACUUCAUCAUUAAGUGAUGGUGAAAAUGUUUAUUAUCAAGACGAUGAUCCUUCUAUGCCACAAUUGGUGCAACCCUCGACUAUUUUAAAUGAUCAUGUUUCACUAACAUCUCAAAGGGGAGAACAAGUGGUGAUUAGUGAGGUCAUGCAAUUGCCAUAUGUGGCAGACGAAGAAUGUGUGGGUGAGGAUGAUGAUCAAGAGGAAGAGUUUGAUGGAAUGAAAACGUCGGAAAAAGAAGAGCAACCCACUAUUACUCAGCCACCAUUGGACGAUGACCAGUACACUGGUGAUGAUGCAACAAUGGAGGAGGACACUGAAGAGCGUAAUUUGGAAGUUGAGUUGGAUGUUGAGUUUGCUGUGCUUGAUCCUGAGUUAGAUGCUCAGCUGGAGGAGGAGCUAUCAUGUGUUGUCCCGAAGACAAGAUGUGGCAUGGAUAAAGGAGAUGACGCUCCUGUAGACCCGAGUCAAAGGAAGGUACUUAGCCUUAAUCAUUGAGGCACGUUCAACCAUGAGCGGUUUAGGAGGACUGCCACAGUAAUAUGGAAGUACUUGUAUGAUAAACAAGUGCUUUUUUGGUCUAGCUUGCCUGAGGAAAAGAAAAGGGUUGCUUGGGAGAAUUUCUAAGUAUGAAAAUUAUAAAAUAAAAUGAAGUAUUUUUU